AUGACAAGUCUUCGUCUCAGUGCACUGUGUUUGCUUACAGCCGGUAUUUACUUGGCUGUUGUGGGGAGCGAAAUGUGUGAUGACGGCUGGGUUUAUUAUUUGGACACCGCAACGUGUUUGCAGGUAGUUCCUAAUAGAGCCUUUCGUCCUGAGUACAGGAAGUAUGAGGAUCUAUCCCAGUGUCACGAUCGAAAGGGUGGAGAGUUUCGAAAUGUAUCUGGUAAUAUUGUAAAGUUUACAGAGGCAAUGGAGCCAUAUUUACGGGAUUAUCUACAGUCUUUGAGUGUUCCUGCAGCUCUAGUAGAGUUGUCAAUUGUCUGGGUUUCGUGGCCUGACGAUGCGUUUCAUCGAGUUAUGAAAUAUAGUCGACAGCGAGACACAUAUAAACAACUGACGUAUUUUGUCCCCGGAAAGUUAAUCCCAUUUUCAAGGAGCAGACUUCAUGACGAAGUGGUUAUCUGUCAAGUCCCAGCUGGUGAUCUAGAACCUCCCGCAUGUCCACGUGACCUGCAACUUGUGUCAGUGUCAGACAGCACCGCUACCCUCUCAUGGAGUCCUGGACAACUAGGACGCAAGGUGGACGUCAACAUCAACGUUCAAAUCUGUGACGCUAUGGCGUUUCCAUGUGUUGAUUUUACAAACAGAACUUUCUCAGACGUCUCACUGUUUCAAUCAAGGAACUACACAGUUACAGGAUUGCAACCGAAGACAAGACAUAAACUUGACAUACAGAUAAUACUGGACUAUAACAAGAAUACUAAGGAUUGUAAUGUAACUCUGGCUCUAACAACAAAAGAAAUUUCUGCGGUAGCACCAGUGACUUUGCCCAGAAAAGAGAAAGGACAAGAAUUAUCUGGCGCUGUCGUGGGACUCUUAACUGCGUUGAUUAUUUGCCUUCUCAUCUGCUUUGUAUUAUCGUUUCUACUUUUCAGAAACUCUCGACAAUCCAAAGAUAAAAACAGCGACGCAGAGAAGACAGACGCUAAAGGUGAGGAAUCAAAAUACAUUGUCAAUCUUCAAGAGAAUCUGCAAGACCACAAUAACCCGGAAAUUAGUGCUAAUAUGUACGUAAACAGCCAGCAGCUGCCACAAACUUAUGACAAGGUCACUGACCAGGAAGACAACAAUGUCUAUGAGAUGUGA